GGCGUGUCCGCUAGUAGACACAGGGGGCGUGCCGUGUAUUUGCAUAGAGGCGUGGCUAGAAGAGGUAACCACCGCCCCGCACAUUGGAGUCGCUGUCAGGGGGAGGAGGAGAUGCUGAGUGGCCGGCACUCGGUUCGUGUAGAGCGGGAGGAUAGGAGCUGGGCACCCGGAGCUGUGCUCCCCCGGGCACUGGAGCUAUAAGAGCAGCAGGUGGGCACUACCUUGGUCAAGGAGACCGGUGCCAGGAUUAUAGUGCACAACCCAGCAGAGCAAAAGUAAUGCGACCAUAGGAUGCCUGAGGCUGGAGGGGGCUGCAGGUUAUCCCCGUGCCGAGGGAUACUGGUGGGAAUGAUCACCGUGUGGUGCACACUCUGCUUUUUCCUGGUGACGGUGAGCGGAGUGCCAGCUGCCAGGCUUCCCGUGACGCAGCCAGAAGAGGAGAAACCCGAGAGAAAAUCGGCAGAUUACCUCACAGGAGAACAGGGCCUUCUUGAUGAACUAAUGUUUGGUGUCGGAGAGACCAUUGAGUUGUCAUGCAGCGUGGAGAGCCCUUCCAUGGCCAUCUUAUGGUUAAAAGAUGGUAUUGCUAUUAGGGAAAACAACCGAACACACACAAGACAGAACCUACUGAAGAUCACAAAUGUGUCCUAUGAUGAUUCGGGGAUUUAUAGCUGCACUUUGUUGCAUUCUACUGAAAUUUUACGGAACUUCACUAUAAAAGUAGCUGACAUGCCGUCUUCUGGUGAUGAUGAAGAUGAUGAUGAAGAAGCUGAGGAAAGAGAGCCACCAUACUGGACCCAACCAGAAAAAAUGGAGAAGAGGCUUCUUGCAGUUCCAGCUGCUAGCACUGUCCGGUUCCGAUGCGCUGCUGCUGGCAAACCCCAUCCAAACAUCUACUGGCUGAAAAAUGGCAAAGAAUUCAGAAGGGAACAUCGCAUAGGAGGAAUCAAGCUUCGUCAUCUGCAAUGGAGCUUGGUCAUGGAGACCGUGGUCCCAUCCGAUAAAGGCAACUAUACUUGUGUGGUGGAGAAUAAGUAUGGGACUAUUCGACAGACCUUUCAGUUGGAUGUGCUAGAGCGAUCUUCUCACCGACCUAUACUCCAGGCCGGGUUACCUGCCAAUAAGACAGUUGUAGUUGGGAGCGAUGUGGAAUUUCACUGCAAGGUUUACAGCGAUGCCCAGCCUCACAUUCAGUGGCUUAAGCAUGUGGAAAUUAAUGGAAGUAAAUAUGGGCAGGAUGGAGAUCCUUAUGUCUCAGUUCUGAAGCCUACGGGUGUAUACUCCUCGGAUAAGGAUAUUGAGGUUCUCGUUUUGCGCAAUGUGUCUUUUGAGGAUGCUGGGGAGUAUACCUGUCUGGCUGGGAAUUCUAUUGGCUAUUCACAUCACACUGCUUGGCUGACCGUUCUACCAGAACCAGAUGUCAAAGUAGAAGCCACCAGCUCCAACUCGGUCAGUGUCCUUAUUGUGGUGACUGCAACCAUUGUCUUCUUCUUGGUGGUUAUUAUCAUCAUAGUCACCUAUCGGAUGAAGAACACUUCCAAGAAGGCAAUGAACACCCCGACUGUGCAAAAAGUCUCCAAAUUUCCCCUGAAGCGACAGGUAACAGUGUCUCUGGAGUCCAAUUCAUCCAUGAAUUCAAACACCCCACUGGUGAGAAUUACGCACUUGUCCUCCACUGAUGGAACAAUGUUGGCCAAUGUUUCGGAACUUGGAUUGCCGGCUGACCCCAAGUGGGAAUUAUCAAGAUCUAGGUUGACACUGGGAAAACCAUUGGGCGAAGGAUGCUUUGGCCAAGUCGUCAUGGCUGAAGCCAUCGGCAUUGAUAAGGAUAAGCCAAACAAAUCCAUAACCGUAGCUGUGAAAAUGUUGAAAGAUGAUGCCACUGAUAAAGAUCUCUCUGAUCUGGUGUCCGAAAUGGAAAUGAUGAAGAUGAUUGGAAAGCAUAAAAAUAUCAUCAAUCUCCUGGGUGCCUGCACACAAGAUGGUCCUCUCUACGUCUUGGUGGAAUAUGCAUCCAAGGGGAAUCUAAGGGAGUAUUUAAGGGCUCGCCGUCCUCCUGGGAUGGACUACUCAUUUGAUACAUGCAAGAUUCCAGCUGAGCAGCUUACUUUCAAGGAUCUGGUCUCCUGCGCCUACCAGGUCGCCCGUGGCAUGGAAUACCUAGCGUCUCAAAAAUGUAUUCACCGAGACCUUGCGGCCAGGAAUGUGCUAGUAACCGAUGAUAAUGUGAUGAAAAUUGCGGACUUUGGCCUCGCCAGAGACAUUCACAACAUAGACUACUACAAGAAGACCACAAAUGGUCGGCUGCCUGUGAAAUGGAUGGCUCCGGAAGCAUUGUUUGACCGCGUCUACACUCACCAGAGCGAUGUAUGGUCAUUCGGAGUGCUUCUCUGGGAGAUCUUUACAUUGGGGGGCUCUCCAUACCCUGGGAUCCCAGUAGAGGAACUGUUUAAGCUCUUAAAAGAAGGUCAUCGGAUGGACAAGCCAGCCAAUUGCACACAUGAGCUCUACAUGAUCAUGAGAGAGUGCUGGCAUGCUGUCCCAUCACAAAGACCAACAUUCAAGCAGCUUGUUGAAGACUUAGACCGUGCUCUUACUGUCACUUCUACUGAUGAGUACCUCGACCUCUCUGUGCCAUUUGAACAGUAUUCACCAGCGUGCCAGGAUAGUCACAGCACUUGCUCAUCAGGGGACGAUUCAGUCUUUGCACACGAUAUUCUUCCGGAUGAGGUCUGUCUUCCUAAGCACCAGCAAUAUAAUUGCAUCAUCAGAACAUGACUUUUUAAGCCGGAACAACACCCGGGAGGAAUGUAGACUAGAGGCAUAUGGACGGGACUGCCCGGUCAUUACAAGGAUGAUUUUUUUGUUUGUUUUUGAGCCGUAUAAAAUACUUGCUGUAUACAAAGUCAUGAAGCACUGUUUGGCCUGAACGAACUUAUCAUGUGCCAAGAUAUAGAGAAGAAGAAAAGAGAAAUAUAUAUUAAAAUUUAUAUAUUUGAAAAGAAGAAUGUUAACACUAGGGAUCCUGGUGCUGUGACCUCUAGUGCUGAUGAGCGACCAAUCUGUGCCUGCGAUGCUAGAAGAGAAUCCGCAACAUCAGAACACACUGCAAAAAAAAAAAAUUCUCUUUUUUGUUUUUGUUUUUUAUUUUUAUUUUUAAUUUUUUUUACAUGCAAUAUGUUGAAUGUUUUUGGGGUACAACUUAAAAACUUUUCUGCUUUUGGGUAUCUGAGCAGCAGGACAUCCCACUGUCCUUUUUAAAAAAACACAUCCAUAUUUUUAUUUAUUAAAUUUUUUUGUUUUUGGUCACCUGCCCCAUUUUUAGGACAACUGCCUUCCUAUCGCCAUUAUGAGUCACUCGAGCACUUGUAACAGACCGGAAAGCACAUGUUAAGGAAAAUAUGGGGGGGGGGGGGGGGAAUGGCUGAUUUAUUAACCCCUUCACGACCCCUCAAAGUUUUAUUUUGUGCCUUACGUUUUCUUCCUCCUCACCUUCUAAGACCCGUAAAGUUUUUUAUUUUUCCACUGACAACGUUGUAUUAGGGCUUUUUAUUUUAUUUAUUUUUUUGUGGGACAAGUUGUAGUUUUCAUUGGCACUUUAUUUUAUCAUAAUAUGCUUUACCAAGCCCAAAAAAUAAAAAAAUUAAAAUUAAAGGUAGGGCAAAAUUGAAAAAAAAAAAUAUAUGAAAUUGCGCAAUAAUUGUGUGCGGAGUUUACAAUACGAUAAAACUUACACUGGAACCACUAGACACCAGGGUUUACCGUCAUUUAAUGUUUUAAGCAAUCUAAUAGCAGUAUUGAUGCGGGCCUGCGCCAUAUUCCCCUCACCCGACCCAUGACAUUCAGCAAGGGCUUAAAAAAAUAAUAAAGUCUAUACAGUUGUCUUUAAAGAAAAGCUUUGGUCAGCAUUAAAAAAAAUGCUUUCCUAUUCCUGGAAUAUACCGUAUUUUUCGUCAUAUAAGACGCUCCGGCACAUAAGAAGCACCCAAUUUUAAAGGAUAAAAAUCCAGAAAAUAAAGAUUCUAAACCAAAUACACUGUAAAGUAUAGGACAGAGAUCUUCAACCUGCGGACCUUCAGAUGUUGCAAAACUACAACUCCCAGCAUGCCCGGACAGCCGUUGGCUGUCCGGGCAUGCUGAGAGUUGUAGUUUUGCAACAUCUGAAGGUCCGCAGGUUGAAGACCACUGGUAUAGGAGGUAAUACUCACGUGUCCCCGCCGUUCCGGACCGUCACCGCUGCCCUGGAUGUCUCCCUCCAUCGCUGUCGCUGCGUCCCCGUGGUGUCCCCGUCGCUCCGGAACGUCUCUGCUGCCCGGUAUCCUCGCUCUCCAUCGCCACCAUCAUGUCGCUACUCACGCCGCUACACACGCCGCUCCUAUUGGAUGACGGGACGGCGUGCACGACGACAUGAUGACGACGAUGGAGAGCGCCGGCCAUGCAGGGGAUCCCGGCACGGAGCAGACACCGAGGAGGCAGGUAAGGUCCCUCCCGGUGUCCUGUAAGCUGUUCAGGAUGCCGCAAUUUCACUGCGGUGGUCCCGAACAGCCCGACUGAGCAGCCGGUUUAGUGUCACUUUUGCUUCAGACGCGGCGGUCAGCUUUGAUCACCGCGUCUGAAGGGUUAAUACAGGGCAUCACCGCGAUCGGUGAUGUCUUGUAUUAGCCUUUGAUGGCCGCAGGGACCGACCCGAUAGGACAGGGUUUUAAUGUGUAUUUGCCGUAUAAGACGCACCAACUUUUACCCCCCCCCAGUUUUGGGGAAUAAAAAGUGCGUCUUAUACAGCGAAAAAUACGGUAGGUAUAUGACUUAUUGGGUUGACUGUCUGCACUUUUCCCCUUAAUAGUCAGUUGGACAGGAACUUUAUUUCCAUAAAGGUUGUUGCCGAUUUUCACCAAAGAGUUGAAUGGAGAAGUAAGAAUCCACAAUAAAUUCGGCAGAACUGCAGUAAAAUCCUAAAAAAAAAUGUUUGAUCCAGAUUUGCCUUUUAAUGUCCACAAUUUGUUGGGAAUUUUUUUAAAAAUUGCUGCUUUACCCAAACAUUUUGUAUCUAAAUUAAAGUUGUAAAAUCUUUUUGAUAUAUUACUGUAAAACAUUCUAAAUCAUAAUUUUUUGGUAAAUCAAGACUAUUUUUGCCUUUUUUUUUUAACUCAAUCUCAGAUACUUAAAAGCAGACUGUUCAGUCUAAGUCUACUUCCAAAUAGUGUGUUACAAAAUAUAAUGUAAAUUCCCAUACGUACAUAAAUGUAUAUAAGAAAAAAAAAAAAAUGUUUAAAAGAAGAAAAAAAAAAAGUGUUAUCGUUCCCGGUAUAAUAGCAUUGCAAUCUAGAAAGACACUGAUCUCAUCAAUAAUAUAAUUUUUAUAAUGUCAAUUUGUUUAAAAAAAAAUUAUUUUGUUAACCUUGUAUAUUUGUAAAGUUAUUUAUAGACGUUAUUAACCUAUAUGAACCCUUCAUGCUUACCCUAGGCCUAGCUUUGCACCAUGCCUCCACAGAUCUCACAUUUAACUUAUUAACAGUCCAGAGAAGAAUUCUAUUUUGCCUUUUUUUUUUUUUUUUUUUGUAAUGUUUAUCCAAAAAGUUUCAAAAAUGUACAAAAUGUAUAGUCCUUUUAGCUGCAUUAUAUGAUUGUAUGUAUAUGUAUAUAUUUGCUGUUUGGUAGAAGAGGACAGCGCAGCAGAGAGAAAUUAUUUACAACGGCUUUCAAAAAAAAAAUACUCUAAUUUAUAUUUAUCUAAUUUUUGUCACAAUUUUGUUUUUUGUUUUUUUCUUAAAUUUUUUUUAUUUUUUAUUUUAUUUUAUUUUUUUUUCAAAAAAAUGGGAGUGAUUGCUGGUCAAUAGAAAAGUAAUAAAAAAUAUGCGAUUUGUCACAUUGCAUGGAGGAUUUUCUUCCUGAAUGUUGCUGCGGAUAUUCAUGUCGUACACAACUACUCGAGAAGUUUCCCCGCAAGGUCAUGUUGAACAUGUUGAAGUAAUUUAUUUUUCUGAUCUUGGACUGCAUUGCGAAAAAAAACAACAAAAAAAAAAUAAAUAUUAAAACACCUGAAUUUUACUAUCCUGCAAUAAACAAAUUUUAUAAAAUAAGUACAAAAAAAACUUUUUUGUUCAAAAUGUGUUCUACCUAAGGACCCCUGUUCCUUCUUUCCUUCCUUAAAUGUGAAUUUCUUUUUGUAUUCUUCCUUAAAACCAGACACUGAUUUUUAUUUAAUUUUUUAUUUUUUUUUAUAUUGUUUUUUUUCUUAUCUAUUUGUUUUUUUUCUAAACCAUUAAUGGUAUAAAAUGAUGUAGGUGUACACGAGAAAUGUAGCAUUUAUAUAUGAUCUCUAAAGCGGUUUACUUUUCCAUAGCCUGUCUAUGAUUCCAGGAUAUAUAUAAUUUUUUGUUUUUGUUUUUAUACCGCACAUAGACACUACCAGAGUGCCAAAUUUGUUAGAACGCACAGAACUAUAUGAAUAGACUUUUGCACCAUUUACAGGCUUGGUUGAUGAAGAUUCUACAUUUGUUGCAGGCAAAUAUUGUAGAAGGGGCCGUGUUUUCACAUUUUUAUUUUUAUUUUUCACUUUUUUUUUUUUCAUAGAAAUAUUUUUCUUACAUCUUUCUGCUGUGUGUACAUUCCAAAUACCUAACCCAUUCAUACUUUCCCCACCCCCAGUAAUGGAAUAAGAAUAUGCAAGGCUGUGCAUGGAUUGAACUGUCACUAAGAAUUAUAAAUAUAUAAAUAUAUAUAUAAUUUAUUGAGGUUUUUAUGAAAUGUAUCUGUUGUAGACUUUGAAUUAACAAUUUUCUUAUUGAACAUUAUAUAUAUACAUAUAUAUAUAGUUUUAUAGCAAGAACUAUCUUUGAAAUCUAAGUGAAGCUGACUUUUCUUACAUUUUUAUACUGCUGAAUUUGCAUUCCACAGAUUUUUUGUUCAUGGUGUAGUUGGAUUUAUGUUAGAGGAAUGGUUUGGUUUGAGUUGGUUUUAAGAAUUUUUACCUGACCUGUGCUGCUGGUGUGGGAAGUUGUGGGAUAGACACCAAAUCGAUUUAUCAUUCUGCUUUUGUUAACUCGGCGAUCGUAACUUUUACCAAAACAAUAAAGCUAAACUUGACU